UAUGAAAAUUAAAAGGUCAACUAGUAGUAUAAAUUGGUAAUUAUGAAUAAGUCCGAUUACAUAGAUAAAAUGGAAUUGAUUCUCAGUGAUAAGAGCAAAUUCAUGGCUGAUGUUGACUCUGAUGGACUACAUAAAUUAGAAAAGAAAGUAAACUCGAAUCUAACAAAAUUGUUAAACAUGAACGCUAUUGACAAAGAUGAGUUUCAUUUAUUAAAACCUAUGGGUUCGGUGUAUCCUCAUUUAUAUGGAUUGCCAAAAAUACAUAAGCCUAAUAUCCCUUUACGUCCAAUUCUAUCAAUGUGUCGGUCACCUACACACAAACUAGCGAAAUGGCUUACAAAAAUAUUAAAUCCUAUCCGACAUCAAUUUUGUAAGUAUUCCUUGAUUGACUCAUUUGAUUUAAUUAAAUACUUAAAGGAUAUGAAUAUAAAAACAAAGACAAUGUGUUCUUUUGAUGUGAAUACUUUAUUUACAAAUGUACCCCUGAGAAAAACUAUUGAUAUUUUAUGUGACUAUAUUUCACUUAAUAAUCUUCCAUUGCCAUUUCCUGUUGAAACUCUUAAAGAUUUAUAAUUAUUGUGCACUGACAAUGUAAAAUUCACAUUUCAAGGUGAGCACUUUCGACAAAUUGAUGGCGUAGCUACGGGUAGUCCUUUAGGACCGUUGCUGGCGGAUGUGUUCAUGGGGUAUGUUGAAAAUUUAGCUGAAAACUCAAUCCAAAAGAUGUGUCUGUAUAGACGAUACGUUGAUGAUAUCAUAAUCAUAGGGGAUAAAUGUGAAGACUUGAACCACUUGUUAAAAGAACUCAAUACAAGUCAGAGGCAUAUUUCUCUUACGUGCGAGGAAGAGAAGAACAACCAACUUCCUUUUCUAGAUAUACUGAUCAGUAGAAGAGAAGAUGGUUCCAUCCAACGUUCUAUUUAUAGAAAGCCGACAUGGACGGGGCAAUACCUUAAUUU